UCAUUAUUGACUUCGGCUCCUUUUCUUCCCUCUCUGUCUCUUUGUCCUUUUAUUCUCUAUUCUUACCUAUUACUUGACUGCUACACUUGCUUUGACUACCUGUCCAUUGACCCGAGGACCAGACUGUACCUCAGCACCGCCAUGUUUAUCUCCGAUAGCAGUACCCGAGCUAUCGGGGCCACCGCCAACUCUAUGAAAGAUACGCUCUUGCAGCGUAUCCCCGCGCCCCAGCAGGUCCUCAAAGCCGUCACAGGCGCACUAGGGGUCUCUUCUCUCUCAGGACUAGACUAUUCGACCUCAGAAUCAACGUUUCAGCACUGUCCGGCCGCUGAACUGAGCUGCAAGACACGGUACCAUGGCCAGGAUACCUGUUGCUUUAAUUACCCGGGGGGUCAGAUGCUACAGACGCAAUUCUGGGAUGCUGACCCCGCCGUCGGACCAGAGACUGCCUGGACAAUUCAUGGCCUAUGGCCGGACCACUGCAACGGCGGGUUCGACCAAUAUUGCGACUCGAAGCGCAGAUACAGCAAUAUCUCGUUAAUUCUAGUUGAUGCUGGUCGUGGAGAUUUGCUCGACUACAUGAGUACAUACUGGAAAGACUUCCGUGGCGAUGACCUGAACCUCUGGGAGCACGAAUGGAAUAAGCACGGCACCUGCGUCAGCAGCCUUGAGACACACUGCUAUACGGAAUAUAUCCCUCAGCAGGAAGUUGUCGACUACUUCGAUAAGACAGCUGAUCUAUAUCGGGAUCUACCCACUUACGAGACCCUCGCCAAAGCCAACAUUCUUCCCUCCUACACCAAAACCUACACUCGCCGCGAGAUUGAGGAUGUGCUGUCCCAAUCCCACGGUGCAGAGGUCACGAUCCGCUGUCGUCAUGGAUCUCUGAACGAAGUAUGGUACUAUUUCAACGUCGCGGGCCCUCUGGUAUCUGGAAAAUUCGUUCCCUCGGACCCAGACGGCCAAGUUUCCAAUUGCCCUGCCUCCGGCAUCCGCUAUCAGCCUAAGACGCCACACCACGGCCACGAACCCACAAAGACAACCACGCACAACCCGUCGGAUCCGACGUCACCCCCCGGUGCUCCCUUUCAGGGUCGAGGAAACCUCAUGAUCUCGACGAUGGGGCAGAAGAGAGGGUGCAUUAUCAGCCGCGGGGCGUGGUUCAGCUCAGGCACCUGUGCAACUUUCACUGCGAAGAAGACAACCGAUGAACUUUUCACCCUCCACUCCAGCAAGGGCAAUUGCGGCUUCGCCAAGGAUAUCUUUACAUGCGGUGGUGCCGUGCACAAGGCGCAAGAAUUUAGCGUUGACGAUGGCAAGCUCGCGUAUAACGGCAAUUCGACCUUCUUUGCAGACAAGGCUCCCAAGGGCCCGACGAAGAGUAAGGUCUUUGCGUCGCAGGAGGACCACCAAAUUGAGUUAGCAAUCACAUGGAGACCGGAUUAUUGAGCUUGAUGCUCUUUUUUCCAGGCGUCCCGUCUUGCUUUCGAAGAGGGGGGGGUUCUUGUUUCUUUUUGCGGGUUCAUCUAGAUUUCUUUCCGAGUAAGAAGUGGUGCAAGGGAUGUUGGUUAUGGUUAUACUAGAUCUUCCGUGUGUGUAUGGGUGUGUCUAUGUUUUAUGUUCAAGGGGUCAGGGCGAUGUUGCUUAUAUAUAGAUAAGAAAACCAUCUAUGCUAUGGUUACACAAUGGAGAUAGACUGCAUGUGAUUCCU